AUGGCUACCUUGCCUGCGGAGCCGAGCGCGGGGCCGGCGGCCGGGGGGGAGGCGGUGGCGGCGGCGGCGACCGAAGAAGAGGAGGAGGAAGCGCGCCAGCUCCUGCAGACUUUGCAGGCGGCCGAGGGUGAGGCGGCGGCCGCGGCCGCGGCCGGGGCCGGGGCGGGCGAAGCGGCGGCGGGAGCGGAGGGCCCGGGAUCCCCGGGCGUCCCCGGGUCGCCCCCCGAGGCCGCUGCCGAGCCGCCCACGGGCCUCCGCUUCUCGCCCGAGCAGGUGGCGUGCGUCUGCGAGGCGCUGCUACAGGCGGGCCACGCCGGCCGCUUGAGCCGCUUCCUGGGCGCGCUGCCCCCGGCCGAGCGCCUACGUGGCAGCGAUCCGGUGCUGCGCGCCCGGGCCCUGGUGGCCUUCCAGCGGGGCGAGUACGCCGAGCUCUACCGGCUGCUCGAGAGCCGCCCCUUCCCCGCCGCCCACCACGCCUUUCUGCAGGACCUCUACCUGCGCGCGCGCUACCACGAGGCCGAGCGGGCCCGCGGCCGCGCGCUGGGCGCAGUGGACAAGUACCGUCUGCGCAAGAAGUUCCCGCUGCCCAAGACCAUAUGGGACGGCGAGGAGACCGUCUACUGCUUCAAGGAGCGCUCCCGCGCCGCGCUCAAGGCCUGCUAUCGCGGCAACCGCUACCCUACGCCGGACGAGAAGCGCCGCCUGGCCACGCUCACCGGCCUCUCGCUCACGCAGGUCAGCAACUGGUUCAAGAACCGGCGACAGCGCGAUCGGACCGGGGGCGGCGGCGGCGCGCCUUGCAAGAGCGAGUCUGAUGGGAACCCCACCACGGAGGACGAGUCCAGCCGCAGCCCCGAGGACCUGGACAGGGGGGUGGCUCCGGUGGCCGCGGAGGCCCCCGCCCAGGGCUCUCUAUUCCUGGCCGGGGCCGCCCCGCCCGCGCCCUGCCCCGCCUCCUCGUCCAUCCUGGUGAACGGGAGCUUCCUGGCGGCGGGCAGCUCCCCCGCCGUGCUCCUGAACGGGAGCCCCGUCAUCAUCAACAGCCUGGCCCUCGGGGAGGCCUCCAGCCUGGGCCCCCUGCUGCUGGCGGGCGGCAGUGGCGCCCCUCCGCCGCAGCCCGGUGCCCCGGGGGCCGGCGAGGGCAAGACCUCCCUGGUCCUGGACCCGCAGACCGGGGAGGUUCGACUAGAGGAGGCUCCGCCCGAGGCCCCCGAGACCAAGGAGGCCCAGGUGGCCGCUGCCGGGACGCCUGCAGAGGAGGCCGCGGGGCCGCUGCCCCAAGUGGUGCCUGGGCCCCCACCGGCUGCCACCUUCCCCCUGCCCCCGGGACCGGUGCCUUCUGUGGCUGCUCCCCAAGUGGUGCCGCUCUCUCCCCCGCCGGGGUACCCGGCAGGCCUGGGCCCCGCCUCCCCGCUGUUGAACCUGCCCCAGGUGGUGCCCACCUCUCAGGUGGUGACCCUGCCCCAGGCUGUGGGGCCGCUGCAGCUGUUAGCCGCCGGCCCGGGCAGCCCCGUGAAGGUGGCGGCCGCCGCGGGCCCUGCCAACGUGCACCUGAUAAACUCCGGGGUGGGCGUGACGGCCCUGCAGCUUCCUUCGGCCGCUGCGCCAGGAAACUUUCUCCUGGCCAACCCGGUGUCCGGCAGCCCCAUCGUGACGGGCGUGGCCGUCCAGCAGGGCAAGAUCAUCCUCACCGCCACCUUCCCCACGAGCAUGCUGGUCUCCCAGGUCCUCCCGCCUGCCCCCAGCCUGGCCCUGCCCCUGAAGCCAGACGCGGCCAUCUCGGUGCCCGAAGGAGCCCUCCCGGUGGCCCCCAGCCCCGCUCUCCCCGACGUCCACGCCCUCGGCCCGCUUUCUGCACAGCAGCCGCCACAGCCACCGCCCGGCCCCGCCACUGCCGCAGCAGCCACCAGCCUGCCCUUCGCGGAUUCCUCGGCUCUCCUCCCGGGCUUCCCGGCACCGCCACCCGAAGGGCUCAUGCUGUCGCCUGCGGCCAUGCCCAUCUGGCCGGCAGGGCUGGAACUGAGCGGCGGCACAGAAGGGCUGCUGGAAGCAGAGAAGGGGCUGGGGACGCAGGCCCCCCACACCGUGCUGAGGCUGCCAGACCCCGACCCCGAGGGGCUGCUCCUGGGGUCUGCGGCAGGGGGUGAGGCGGACGAGGGGCUGGAGGCCGAGCCGAAGGUUCUGACGCAGCUCCAGUCGGUGCCUGUGGAAGAUUCCCUGGAACUGUGACCCCCGCCGGGCCUCCUCACCUCUCCUGACCAUGGUGCUCAAGAUCCAGGACGGCCCGGGAGGAGGGGGCCGCUCACACACAAUAGCUGCGAGCUGAAGAUGCCACACACUACGGUCCCAGAUGCCCGGCUCCCCGGCCGCUGAACCUCUCCAAGCCCUGCAGGUGCCGGGGGACUCACCCCUGUCCACUCCUGCCUGGGGACACUGUCCUCGGGAUCAGUGGCCUCCUCUGUUACAGCCCUCUCCUUGCUUUGUGCCCCGAGUGAAUAGGGGAGGUUUGGGGGUCCUGACUCGGGGGCUAUGCCCCCCUCAACCUGGUACUAGCUGUGAGCUGAAAGCCCUGCCACAUGGCUGGAUGGGCAACCCCCUUGAGCCCUCUCCCGUCACUCCUUUAAACACUAUUAAUAGCUCCACCACCGCUUGGAGCCGGAGGGCGGAGGCCAGACAGUCCUGUGCCGGAGCCUGACCGAGCCUCCCGGCUGGGCCCUUCCUGCUGCAAAGUGAGCAGGUGUGUGGGGAGGCCCGGCUGAGGCUCCUCCUGGACUAGAGCCCUCCCUACCACGUCCAGCCCCAGACCAAAGAUCCCCCUCCCCCCUGGGGCACCCCUGACCCCGUGUCUAGUUUGUAUCAUAAAUCUUUAUUUUUCUAGGACAUGUUAUGCCUCCGUUUCAAUUAAAAUAAAGUUAACAGACAA